UAAAAUCUGGAAUUAUAAACCAAAAGUCAGUAGCGUUACACAUGCUUCUGUAUCUGUUGUCCUUGACAAGUUCUGUUUGUUUGACUUAUCGGUAGAGCCCUGUCCGCUGUAUUAGGCGCAUUUCUUAGAGAUGUUCUCAAAAGGUGUCAAUGCAUUCAGAUUCGGGAUCAGUUGUAGGAGCUUCUUGACCUCUUCAAAGCAUUCUCCAAAAGUUGCAGUAUUAGGUGCUAGUGGUGGGAUAGGUCAGCCGAUGUCACUGCUCUUGAAACAAUCACCUUUAAUUUCUCAGCUUGCAUUGUAUGAUAUUGCUCACGUAAAAGGUGUUGCUGCUGACCUCAGUCAUAUUGAAACCCAACCUCAUGUAACUGCACAUAUUGGACCCGGCGAACUUGCAGAAUGUCUAUCAGGAGCAAGUGUUGUUAUAAUUCCCGCGGGAAUGCCUCGUAAGCCUGGGAUGACACGUGAUGAUUUGUUCAAUACAAACGCAUCGAUUGUUGCAGAACUUAUUGAUUCGUGCGCUAAAAAUUGCCCGAAAGCAAUGAUAUGCAUAAUCACAAAUCCUGUCAAUAGCACUGUGCCGAUUGCAGCGGAGAUUUUAAAACGCCACAACGUUUAUGAUCCAAAGCGCCUGUUUGGGGUUACGACCCUUGAUGUAGUUCGAUCAAAUACAUUUAUUGCUCAGGCAAAAGAUCUUGCCGUGCGAAAGGUUUCUUGUCCUGUCAUUGGUGGUCACUCAGGUAUUACGAUUCUUCCUGUAAUAUCCCAAUGUAGACCCCAUGUAUCAUUUCCCCAGGAUGAAAGAGAAAAAAUCACAAAACGUAUUCAAGAGGCCGGCACUGAAGUUGUUGAGGCAAAGGCUGGAGCGGGGUCUGCUACUUUAUCAAUGGCUUAUGCUGGAGUAAGAUUUGCUGCUUCACUUUUAGAAGCCAUGAGUGGUCGAGCUGGUGUGGUGGAGUGUGCUUUUGUACAAUCAGAUGUUAGUGAAUGUGAAUUCUUUUCAACUCCCCUUGCACUUGGUGCUGAAGGUGUUGAAAAGAAUAUGGGUAUUGGAAAAUUGAAUGAAUAUGAAAUUGACUUACUGAAAAAGGUCAUCCCAGAGCUAAAAGCAAAUAUUGAGAAAGGCAAAGAGUUUGCAGCUAAUUAUACAUCUAAAUAAGCUAUGAUUAUAAAUCAUGAAUUUGUUUCCUCCAUCAAAUAAUGUGCUUAUAGUUAUUCUUAACACAGCCUACAUCUAUAUGUUUUUUAUGUGUAAUCAUCUCUUUUAUUUUUCUGUAGUAUAAUGGAAGAGAUUGUUAACUUCAUUGCUUCGAACUUGUUUACUUGAUUUUUCAUUUUGUUUGAUACCUAGAAAUUUACUUAGCUGUCCUUUAUUCUUUUCUCUUUGACAUGGUUUUCAUCUCAUCCUUUUUCUCAUUCAUGCUAUAUGGUUUCCGAACUUAAUAGUAGUGUUACAUUGAUUCAGCGUGUAUUUGUGUCCAGAACAGCACUUAUUUUAAAAUACCUAGGUUCAUUUAUACUUAAUAUAUAUCUGAAAAAAUAAUAUGCAUUUCAUUUUUUGGUUUUGUUAGUGUUUUUAUUGGAAAUUUUCUGGGCAUGCACCCAACUCAAUAAAUUUCUUGGAGAUACAAUUCAGUGA